AUGUUUGAGUAUGAGUCUGAAGACUUACAUACUCUCAUAUCAUCUGAUGAUGAAGGCAGAGGUGAAAAGUUUCCAAAGUUUAAUAAUGAGUAUGCUCAUGGUGAGGGCAGGUUUGAGCUAGGAACUAGGUUUGCCACUGUAGAAAGGUUCAAGGAGGUAGUUAAAGAUUCUUUCAUUGCUGAGGGUCGGGAAGUGAAAUGGAUAAAAAAUGACAAAGAGAGAGUGAGAGUGGGGUGUGGGGAUAAUGAGUGCCCUUACUUGGUUCACUUAUCAUACAACAAAAGUCUGCAGUGUUAUCAAGUGAAGACCUACCAUCCAGAACACACUUGUGCGAGGGAUUUGGGCAGCAACGCUGCUGAUCAACACUGGCUAAUGAAGGAGGCUAGGGAGAGGAUCCAAGGAAAUAAAAAGGAACAAUACAAGAGAUCCAGGGAUUAUUGUGAGGAAAUACUGAGGAGCAAUCCAGUCUCAUCAGCCAGGCUUGAGCUCAUGCCAAUUCCAGAUUGUCCCCCUGUUUUUGAUAAAUUAUACAUUUGCCUAGAUGCCUACAAACAGGGUUUCAAAGAUGGAUGUCGUCCCCUGUUGCAUUUGGAUGAGUGCUUUCUGAAAACAUAUUAUGGUGGUUGUCUUCUAGCAACAGUUGCUCAGGAUGCAAACAACCAAUUUUAUAUUGUUGCCUAUGAAGUGGUCAGGGCUGAGACUAAGGAAGCAUGGAAGUGGUUCCUGACCAAUCUGCAAGGGGACAUAAGAGGCGAUGCUAACCAUGGCUGGAACUUCAUAUCAGACCAACAGAAGGGUUUGAUUCCUAUGUUGAAGGAGGUCAUGCCACACGCUAAGCUCCGCAAUUGCGUUAUGCAUAUGUGGAAAAACUUCAUCAAUCGCUACAAGGAUCUGUACAUUCGACAAGUUGUGUGGGAGUGUGCCAGGUGCACAAUUGUUGCUGAAUUCAAGGAAUGCAUGGAGAAGCUGAAGACAGUUAACAAGGGUGCCUGGGAGCACCUCAGCAAAUUUGAACUUGAGGCAUGGGUGAAGGCUUACUUCUCCCAUGGGCCAAAAGUGGAUAACCUCAUAAACAAUAUGUGUGAGGUUUUUAAUGCAAAAAUAGUUAACUACCGCUACAAGCCUAUCCUCACCAUGUGUGAAGAGAUUAGAUGCUAUCUCAUGAGGUGGAUGGUAAAUCAUAAACGGGUCUUGGAGAAUCACUCAGGGAGGCUAGCACCAGUUCAGGAAAAGAGGAUGGAGAAGCUGUUAAACCUAAGCACCAAGUGGACGGCUGAAUGGGUUGGUGACAAUGAACGAAAGAGAUUUGAGAUUUCUCAGAAAGGAACUAAGGUGGAUGUGGACCUCAUUAGGCACAGUUGCUCAUGCAAUCGAUGGCAACUGACUGGCAUGCCCUGCUUACAUGCAUUUGCUGCCAUUAGGAAGAGACAUGACACACCUCAUGACUAUGUUCACCCUUGGCUAUGCAUGGAGUCUAUCAGGAGGACAUAUGCACACUGUAUUAAGCCUAUUCCAAGCCCAGAAUUUUGGGUUGGAAUUGAGUUCUCGAAGCUAGACCCACCUAUUAUCAAAAGGCCAAUUGGACGGCCAAAGGAUACAUCCAGCAGCCAACCAGGCAACUCUCCAAACCCCACUGUUGUGGAAUCACCUGCCACAACCAAUCCAACUAUGCCACCAACUCCAACAAGGGUGACAAGAUCCACACUUAUCAUUUCACCUCCAGGGCCAACAGCUACUCAAAUCAGGCCACCUGCCCCAACUAUAGGCCGUCCAUUUCAACCUCUAGGGAAAGCCAAUGACACAUCUCGCCCAUAA